CCAGAGGAACAGCGAGCAUAGGGGGAGGGAGGCGAACUGUACAUGUAAAUACUGCAAUGUCGGAGUCUCCGGACGCCCACAGCCUACUCUCUGCUUCCUCACAGCUAAACCUGAUGGAGAUGGACGCGAUCGAUGACAAGGAGUUUGACAUUCCUCAAGUUGACACACCUCCCACACUGGAGAGCAUCCUAAAUGAGCUGGAGAAUGAGGAGGAACCAUUUGUGUUGGAGGAUACCUGCGUGCUAAACACAGACAACAUGGACGCUCACUCCUGUGACACCUCCUCUCUGGCCAGCUCUGACAGUGGAGACCCAGCUCACCUCAAACGAAAAAGGAGGACAGUGGAUCUGAAUGCGACCGUUCAUGGGUCUGUUCUUCGACACAGCCUGCUGAAGGGCAUCUCUGCACAGAUUGUCUCUGCUGCUGACAAAGUGGAUGCUGGCCUGCCAACUGCUAUAACCGUGGCGGGUGUGAUUGCUGUCGGAACGUCUCAUGGUCUGGCUCUGGUCUUCGAUACCAAUCAGGCUCUACGGCUCUGUCUGGGAACCAAGGCCACUGGGGCAGAGUUUGGAGCCGUCUCUGCCCUCAGCAUCAAUCACGACUGCUCACGAAUGCUCUGUGGCUUCGCCAAAGGACAGAUUACAAUGUGGGAUCUAGCCAGUGGGAAGCUCCUGAGAACAAUCACUGAUGCCCACCCUCCAGGGACAGCUAUUCUGCAUGUGAAGUUCACAGAUGACCCGACUCUUGCAGUGUGCAAUGACAGUGGAGGAUCUGUUUUCGAGCUGUCUUUCAGGCGGGUGAUGGGGAUGCGCUCCUGUGACUCUCGAUGUCUCUUCAGUGGAUCUAAAGGGGAGGUCUGCUGUAUCGAACCGUUGCGAGCGCCUCCAGACUUCAAAGAUCAUCCAAUCACACACUACUCUCUGCUGGCCAUGGCCUCUCUCACUAAGAUUCUGGUCAUUGGACUAAAGCCCUCGCUGAAAGUCUGGAUGACGUUUCCCUACAGCAAGUCGGAUCCGUCCAGUGUUCCUCAGCUGGCCUGGCAGUUUGUUCCUGUUCAGAAGACGGUCAACCCCAUGCUGGCUUUUUGUAAAGGAGAUACGGUCCACUUCCUCCUGGUUAAGAAGGAGGAGACAGGCACCAUCCAUGUCAUCAAACAAAAACAGCUCCAGCUCAGCUGUGACAUCAUCAGCCUGAGUUGGAUAAACAGUCGUACGCUGGUCCUGGUAGACAGCCAUGAAAAGCUGCAGGUUGUGGACCGGCCCAGUCAGGAGGUUUUGGAGACUCUGGACUUGGAGCAGGUGCAACUGGUCUAUAACAGCCGGCAUUUCAAAUCGCUGGCAACUGGAGGGAAUGUCUCCCAGGCUCUGGUGUUUGUCGAGGCAACGUUGGACCUUCAGCAGGAACAGUCCUGGGACCAGCUGCGCUGUUUAUACCGAGGACCAUCCAGGGUUGUGGGCGGACUAUGUUUCCCCUGUCCUCCAGUAGCUAACAAUCUUGACAGCCCUGUCCUCUCUCGCUCUCAGACUCGUGUUACAUCAGUGCAUCAUGAAGCAGGAGCAGAGGCUCAUGGGAAGAAGGUGUUUGUCGAGGCAACGUUGGACCUUCAGCAGGAACAGUCCUGGGACCAGCUGCGCUGUUUAUACCGAGGACCAUCCAGGUUGUCCAUCCUUUCAGAACUCUCACACUGCCAUAGUAACGACAAGACCGGGCUUCUAAUCGCAGCCCAACCAGGAACAGAGAAUUUCCAGCUUAAACUCUCUCCUCCACCUUUACUGGAAGAGUAGCACCAUGACUACAUCAAUGUUUCCUUCAUUUGUUCAGACUUCAGUCACAUGGGUUUGGUGAAAGACAGAGAUUUUUCCUCCUCUCUGAUUUCCUUUAUUCCCUUAACUAGUCUACAUCAGUGUGGGUUGUAGUUUCCACUGCUUUUAUCUUGUGAGACAUUUGAUAUUGUAUAACAUCUUUUCAAAAUGUUUAUUUAAAAACAAAUGUGAUUUUGAUAAUAUUACGACACUCUGAUAAUUCUUCUGAAUGCAGCUUUAAUUUCAUCCAUUGUUUAUGUACUACAGCUGGCUGAACCAUAUUGCUUGGUUUGCAUGUUUGGCGAGAGAAAUGAUACUGAAUGUUUGUUUACAAGAAAUAAAAAGAUGCAAGAUA